AAUCAAAUAAAGCCUGCGACUUUUCAGAAAACAUUCCAACAAUGAAACACAAACAAUGAGCUGGCUCCUCCCAUCACAACCUCAUAUGUGACCAAGACAAAGACACAAACUAACACAACUCUUUCCCUCUCUCUCCAGUACAGUGCGACUUUAGCUCUGACUGAAAAACAUGGCCGAAGAAGAGGCUGGUAUUUAUGUCAACCAAGAACAGUUCAGCUGUGCCAUCUGCAUGGAACUUCUGCGAGAUCCCGUAACCAUUCCUUGUGGACACAGCUACUGUAUGAUCUGCAUUAAGAGUUUCUGGGAGCAAAAGAGCCAGAGGAAAGGGUGCAGCUGUCCAGAAUGCAGGCAGACCUUCUCCCCGAGACCGCCGCUCAACAAAAAUACCCUAUUUGCUGAUGUUGUUGAGAAGAUGAGACACACUGGAAUUCGUCCCCAAGCCAUACCUAGAGAUAAGACGCAUGAAGGAAUUUCAACGGAAAACCAGGUGCUCAUUAUGGCAUGUGAGCAAGAGCUGAAACAAUCACAGAGAAAGUGUCAGCAAAAAAUAAAGGAGCGCGAGGCAGAGCUGCAGCAGCUGAGUCAAGCUGUUCUCUCUCUCAGGAGUUCUGCCAAGUCAGCAGUGGAAGAGACAGAGAAGAUCUUCAGUGAACUGAUUCAGUCGAUUGAGUUUCUGUGUUCAGAGCUGAUAGAGAUGAUUAAUGUGAAGGAGCAGAUGGAUUUAGAUGAGGCACAUGGAUUCAUGGAAAAACUAGAGCAGGAGAUUGCAGAGAUGAAGAGAAGAGAUGCAGAAUAUGAUCUGCUUUUACAACUUGAUGAUAAGACUCAGUUCCUGAAGAGUUACAAUUCAGUGUGCAGUCUGCCAGGGUUGGAGAGCUCUCCUGAAAUCCUGGUCAACCCAGACUUUUCCUUUGAGUUGGUGUCGAAAAAACUAACAUAUCUCAGUGAAGAUGUCAAAAAUCUGUGCCAGAGGAAAUUGGAGAAAUUAUCAAAGAAAGUAAAAAAUCUCAAAUUUAUUCCAACCCCUGAGCCCAAAGUCAGAGAGGAAUUUUUGGAAUAUUCAGGUCCCCUGACUCUGGACCUUAACACAGCUCACAAAAAUCUCAAUGUGUGCACUGAGAGCGGAGAGGUGACGUUCAGCAGAUCAGCUCUGUCCGUUCCUGACCACCCAGAAAGAUUUGAUAUCUAUCAUCAAGUCCUGUGCCGAGAGAGCGUCUGUGGGCGUUGUUACUUCGAGGCCGAGUGGAGCGGUAAAGGGCCUGUGCAAAUAGCUAUGUGCUACGAUGAGAUCAGCAGAAAAGGAAUUGGUGGCUUAUGUGCAUUUGGACACAAUGCCCAGUCCUGGAGUUUGGUGUGUUCUGAUGAUUCGUAUGCAUUUUGGCACGGCGGAAAAGAGACCAAGAUUCCCAAAAUGCAUUGUUCUCGCAGGACUGGAGUUUAUGUUGAUUUCCAUGUUGGGAUUUUGGCAUUUUACAGCAUCACAGACACAAUGAAUCUAAUCCACAGAAUUCGGGUUACAUUUACCCAACCGCUAUAUCCUGGUUUUAGGAUUACCACUGGAUCAUGUCUGAGAAUUUGCUAUCCGCUUGUCUUGGAGGAGUAAUGAAGUUUACAUGCUCAACUGGUGAAGGAAAGUACUAUCACUGUCAAGGUCACGAGUUCGAUACCCAGAGAAAACACAUACAACUAAUAAAAAAGCUAGAUUAUUGUCAAAAAAGGAACGUACCCAGCCUAAUU